CUGUGAAGCCACUCUGGUCUCUGAGCCGCAGGCUUGGCACUGACUGAACAUACCUGGCUGGUGUCUCAGAUUGAACCAUGACCAUUCCUAAGCUGUUCUACUCUUUGGAUACUACUGAUGAUAUGUGGGAUGACCUUGAGGAUGAGUUUAAUUUCACUGGCACGCUACCUACAGGAGACGAGUUCAGUCCCUGCGGAAACGUUGCUCAGCUAACCAACAAGGAAGCUAUGGUUGUUGUCUAUACCUUGGUGUUCCUGCUGAGCUUGCUGGGAAACUCCCUGGUGAUACUGGUCAUCUUAUACAGUCGAGUGAACCGUUCUGUCACCGAUGUCUACCUGCUGAACCUGGCUAUGGCUGACUUGCUCUUUGCCCUGACCUUGCCCUUCUGGGCUGUCUUCCAUGUGAAAGGCUGGAUUUUUGGCACACCCCUGUGCAAGAUGCUGUCACUCCUGAAGGAAGCCAACUUCUACAGUGGAAUCCUGCUAUUGGCUAGCAUCAGUGUUGACCGCUACCUGGCCAUUGUCCAUGCCACUCGAACACUGACCCAAAAGCGCCACUUGGUUAAGUUCAUAUGUCUGGGCAUUUGGGGACUAUCUUUCAUUCUGUCCUUGCCCUUUGCCAUCUUCCGUGAGGCCUAUGAAUCAUUCGGUUCUGGAACAGUCUGCUACGAGGUCCUGGGUAAAGCCACAACAAAUUUGCGAAUGGUGCUGCGUAGUCUGCCUCACACAUUUGGCUUCCUCCUGCCACUGCUGGUCAUGCUGUUCUGCUACGGGUUCACUCUGCGCACGCUCUUUAAGGCCCACAUGGGGCAGAAGCACCGGGCCAUGUGGGUCAUCUUUGCUGUUGUGCUGGUCUUUCUGCUCUGCUGGCUGCCCUACAACCUGGUCCUGCUUGCGGACACCCUCAUGAGGACCCAUGUGAUCAAGGAGACCUGUGAGCGCCGCCAUGACAUUGACCGGGCGCUGUAUAUCACUGAGAUCCUGGGCUUUACCCACAGCUGUCUCAACCCCAUCAUCUAUGCUUUCAUUGGCCAAAAUUUUCGCUAUGGAUUCUUCAAGCUCCUGGCUACCCAUGGCCUGGUUAGCAAGGCAUUUUUGGCACGCCAUCAUGCUUCCUCUUCUUCCUCUAUCACUUCAAACCUCUGAAAACCACCAGAGAAAGAAGAGCUCAUUUUCAAAAGAAAGAAUAAACAUUGUGCCAAGGGUGUGUGUGUGUGUGUGUGUGUGUGUACUCUGGCUCUGGACAGAUGCUAUGUGGUUUGGGAGGGAGGUGACAGAAUCAGGAGAAGUUGGAGACUAAUAUCUUCAGGGCCCACACCUACUUUCUGCGGGAGUGUUGAUAGCCCGCCAAGGCCUGGCUUUAUACUUUCAUCAGAAAGAAUGUCACCAUUUCUACUGAACUCAUACAUGUUUGACCCAUGACUUUGAAAAUUAACAUGGGCACAUCUGUAGCCUAACCCUGGCGUUAGAGCAAAGAACUGGGGCCUGCAUCUGGCAUUAGCCCAUCUGAAAUUAUGUGGACUCUCUUUGGAACAGCACCCCAACUGCUAAGUUUGUUCCAGCAGGCUGUCUGGCAGCUCUGUGUCCUGCGAUAUGAACUCUUGAAAUUGUUUUCCUUUCCCAUCUUGGGGAAUGUUGCAAUGCCUGCUGGGGCCAUCAGGUCAGGUGCUGCUGAAGCAUCAAGUCACCAGGCAACCUUGUGAUGGAGCUGGAGAGCAUCUUCCCCUUAGGAGUUGUGGGUGGGCAAAGGGUAUUUGGGAAGUCAGACCCAGUGCACGAGAAUCCCCUUUCCCCCACGGCCAGCGUCACAGAGGAUGAUGUGCAUGUUGGGUACCCGCUGAGCCAAGGAUGGAGCAAGACUAGCAGCUGUAGCCCUUGCCCUCUUGGCACUUCCUGUUUGAUAGGGUGCAACAGCAACUUUAUAUAUCCACAUACAACUGUCAAUCAGCUGGACAAGCCAGCUGGUUCCAAUAAAAUUUCUGCCCCAUGUU